CUCGCCCCAGCCAUGGUCAAUCCCACCAUAUACUUUGACAUCAUUGCUGAUGGCGAACCUUUAGGCUGCAUUUCCUUUGAGCUAUUUGCAGUUAAAUUCCCAAAGACUGCAGAAAACUUCCGAGCUCUAGGUACUUGGAAGAAAGGAUUUGGAUACAAGGGUUCCUGCUUCCACAGAUUCAUUCCUGGGUUUAUAUGCCAGGGUGGAGACUUCACACGCCAUAAUGGUACUGGUGACAAGUCCAUCUAUGGGGAGAAGUUUGAUGAUGAGAACUUCAUCCUGAAGCACACAGGUCCAGGCAUCCUGUCCAUGGCAAAUGCUGGACCCGAUACAAACGGUUCCCAGUUUUUUAUCUGUACUGCCAAGACUGAAUGGUUGGAUGACAAGCAUGUAGUCUUGGGUAAGGUGAAAGAAGGCAUGAACAUUGUGGAAGCCAUGGAGAGCUCCAGGUCCAGGAAUGGCAAGACCAACAAGAAGAUCACCAUUGCUGAUUGUGGACAACUCUAUGAUCUGUAUUUCACGUUUUCUCAAUCACCACAUCCUUCCUUCUGUAGCUCCAGAGAUCACCCUGAGACCCCCAGUGUGCUUGAGGGGAACACGAUGAAGCAGCAGCUCAAGAAGGUAGAAUCAGAGAGAACUUGCAUGCAAACUUACGCCACGGGGCAGCAAGCAAGCGGGAAAGGCGGAGCGAAGGAGAUGGAAGAGCAGCCAAUCAGCUGGCGAGUUAGCCUUCCAAUCGGAGUUCACGCCUUGCGCACAAAGUCUUGCGAGAGGACAAAGUCUCACUACAAGGGCGUUUCACUAGCAUGUUUGGGCUCGUUGGGCGACGUCCUGGUAUAA